GAUGAACUUUUUGAUCCAUCCUAUGAGGCUCUCCUAUCGUUGUCGGAUGCAAUUGGGGAGGUACAUUCCAAGGCGACUCCUGAAGAUGUCAUAAACUCUCUCCAGAGUGCGACAUAUAAAGAGUGGGCGAGCGAAGACAGUGAAAUGAGAUGUCCAAUUUGCCUUGACGAUUAUGAGCCUUCUGAUAUUGUCACCAAGCUCUUAGAGUGCCCCCAUUGGCUACACAAGCAAUGCCUAGAACAAUGGCUCAGAACGGCGAACACUUGUCCUGUUUGUCGUAAAAAGGUCAAGACGUCACCUUCUCCUCGCAAAGCCUGUCCGUACCGUGGCCGCAGUGCUUCCACGGCGGGCACAAGUAACGAGGCAGGACGAAACAGCUCUAAUUCACCUUCCAACGGG